AUGUCCUUUAUGGGAUGGGAGCCGCUGCCCGAGGACGAGGUUACACUAGCGCAGAUUCUGGCCGAAAACGGGUAUCACACGGCUGCAGCGAUUGACACGCCGUUCUACAUCCGCGGGGAAAUGAACUACGAUCGCGGGUAUCAGACCUUCUUCUUUCAUCCGGGUCAGGAAGGUUCGCCAACUCGCGUUCAGCAGGUUGGCAACCAUGAAUCGCGAGACAUUCGCGAUAGGUGGCGACUGGAGAAGGACCAUAACGCGCCGCAGACCUUUGCAAACGCAAUGAACUGGCUGGAGACUCACUACAAAGAGGACUUUUUCCUUUAUAUAGACACCUGGGAUCCGCAUGAGCCUUGGGAAGCGCCGCCAUAUUACUCUGAGCUGUACUGGCCUGGCUAUGAUGGCGAGAUCAUUCAGCCAAUAUACGGGCAUUGGCAGGACGAGCCGGGAUUCUCCGCAGAGAAGGUGAAGAAGGCGAACGCAACUUACUGCGGCGAAAUCACGAUGGUCGAUACCUGGAUCGGUUACUUCCUGCGGCGAGUGGAGAACAUGGGUCUGAUGGACAAGACCGCCAUAAUCUUCACUUCCGACCAUGGCUUCUACUUCGGAGAGCAUGGUGGGAAGUUCGGUAAGAUGUCCUUCGACAAGCGCGAAGGUGGUGGACUGUAUAGGUUCGGAGACUCCGAUGCGCGUUGGGCGCAUUCUCCUCUGUACGAGGAGUUAGUAAGGAUUCCGCUAGUGGUAUAUGUGCCCGGUGUGGAGCCGAGCGUGUAUGACGGAAUGACCUCUGUGGUGGACGUUAUGCCGACCGUACUGGACAUCGCGGGUGUGAGCUCCCCCGGCAAUGUUCAUGGAGCCUCAUUGCUGCCGAGGAUGCGUGACAGUAGUGCCGCGGGACGCGAAUUCACAGUGAGCACGAUACCGUUCGCGAAUCCGGGAGACGAGGUGCGCUCGGUGGACAGUAUCAGGCGCAACCUGGUCAACUCGCAGGUGACCACGAUUACGGCGGGCGACUGGUCGUUACUUUACAGCAUGGACGAGGGAAUGUCGGAACUGUACAACCUCGCCAACGACCCGGCGCAGGAAAACAACAUCAUAUCGGGAAACUUGGGAGUGGCAAAAGAGGUUCAUCGGUAUCUGCUGAAAUUCAUGCGUGAGACAGGAGUGUCUGACCAUCUUCUGAAACCGCGCCAGGAGUUCAGGCUUUAA